AAAAGAAGGCAGUUGCACUGAUUUCAUUUCAGUCAUAGGUUGUAGCACAGUGGGUUUUUUAGCCUGUUUUUACUAGCCGUUUCAUAUUUUUUUCAGGUCGCUGACCGUUGACUUAAACGUCGAUCCGGCACUAUUUGAAUCGGUCGUAAAACAGACUUCCUACGAAGUACCACAGCCUCAGCUGCACAAGUGCUUUCGACGUGAGGUCGGUUGGCCUCACUUCCGGCAAGUGUUCAUGAUUUCGUCAUUACUGAGAGACGGUACCGAAGACCUGAAAAAUUACUUGCUUCGAGUCGCCCCUCCCGGUAAAUGGAAGUAUCAUAGCUCGGUGGUAACCGACGAAGACACCUCCCAGCUGAUUGCAGACGCGGUUCGGUCAAAGGUGCUGGACAAUCUUUCAGAAGAGGUGCCUUAUGGAAUAACCUGCAAGAUUGAUCUGGUCGAAGUUAACGAAGUCGGUACCAUCUGCAUUCGUGUCACCCUACUUUGUAAGGAAAAACGGUGGGUUAAAGUAGUCCUUGGUCAUCAAGGAGUUCAUCUUACUCAAAUAGCCAAAGACGCCUCACAAGAACUUAGAAACUUAUUUCAGCAAGAAGUUUACAUACGUAUCAACGUGGCCAGCGCAAAAUAA